AUGUCCAUCCAAUGUCUGUCACCAUCAGGAUCUGUCUCUACAGACAUCAGUACAGAUCCACUUGAACCAUUAGGAAUCUGUCAGUCAGUGGACGGUGGACUACUGGUUACCCUGAGAGACUAUGUAACACAUUCUUACAAACUAGAGUCACACAGCAGAUGUCUGGUGAGACACAUCACAGUGACAGGUGACGUCAUCCAGGAGUAUGAGUACCAGGAGGACGGUCAGACCAGACUGUUUACAUGGCCAUACAGUGUCACACAGAACAGUAACAGUGAUAUCUGUGUUGUGAACCUUACAGGUAACACUACAGGUGAACUAGUGAUUAUUUCUCCCUCUGGUCGUAUGAAGUCUGUCUAUCGUGGACAGAAUCUGAAAAAGAACUUUAUUCCAUUUGAUGUGGUGUGUGACUCCCACUGUAACAUCCUUGUUACUGACUCACUUAACAACCAGAUCCAUCUAUUGAAUCCUGACAGGAAAUUCCUGAAGUUUUUACUGACAGACAAUGAAAAGAAUGGUCCAUACUCACUGUCCCUAUAUAAGUCUACACUGUGGGUUGGUUAUGAUGGACUUGUAAAAGUGUUUACAUACUCAGUGUAA